AUGUCAACAACUACAACCACUACCACGAAUACCUCAAAAUCGGACCUUCUCGCCUCACUAAACCGCGAUGGCUGCAUUCUCAUUCCUUCUCUCCUAACCUCAGAGCAACUAUCCACUCUCCGCAAAGCAACUAAAGAAAUUGACACCCUAGCACGAGCAGGAAAAUGGCCUCACGUCCGUACCCUUCCCAAACAAUUCCCCCCUUGGACUACAGCUCCCGGCGCCAAUCCAGCAGAACAAGGGAUCUGGGGGGUCCAAUUCCUAAUGCAUCCAUCACUACCACAUUCCCAAACCUUCAUCCAGAAUUACUUCUCUAAUCCGAUUGUGGAAGUGGUGAAGGAAUUACUGGAAUGUGAAGAUGAGGAGUUAGUGUUGGAGUUAUUCAAUCUGCUAGUGAGACCAGACAGAGAUUUCGAGUUGGUCUGGCAUCGCGAUGAUGUUCCCUGGAGUAUAAAUGGGAAGGAAGAGGAAGAACGCCUUGGUGUUGGACAAGAGGGGAGAGCAUGGCACGCACAAUGGAAUCUCGCACUUUACGACGAUGAUUCCUUGAUCGUGAUACCAGCAUCUCACAAGCGCUCCAAGACAGAACGAGAGCAGAACGCAGAUCCCCAUGAACUCGGACUCCCUGGAGAGAUCAGAGUGCAGAUGAAAGCUGGAGAUGUAGUGUUUUAUGAUAAUAAUAUCUUGCAUCGCGGGAAGUAUGAUUCGGGGAAGGAGAGGGCGACGCUGCAUGGGAGUAUGGGGAGGACGGGGGGAAAUAAGGAUAGAGCGAGAAAUGUGUUGCAGCAUGGGAUUGGGGAGUGGGUUGGGGAUAUUGAUUUGAGCGGGUUGAAGGGGGCGGAGAAGGAGAGGGCUGAAGGAAUGAGGGAGAGAUUGAAAGCUAUGGGUGGCCAUAGUGGGGAGUAUUCUUUGGAAGGGUGA